CUCCCAUAUCGCCGGGCUUAAUUGCGUCGGUGCCCCGCACCACGGCCAUGGCAUAAAUACCUUAGUUAUCAGAAGCUCAUGAUCUGCGAAGUCAGAAGUUCCAUGCGGACUGCUUGAGCUCAUCACUACAUUCAGAUUCAUCUUAGUUACUUACUCUUACGUUGCAACUUUGACUUCGGCAAAAGACUUCUCGCCUUCAUCAUGUCCACGAUCAAAGUUGGUGUUGUGGGAUACGGCUUCGCCGCCAAGAGCUUCCAUCUGCCCUUCAUCACCGCCAACAAUGACUAUCAAGUGAUCGCAAUCCUUCAACGAGCAGAGGCUCCCGAAGACCUAUCUUCAGCGGCACCUGGCUCCCACUGCAAAGUCGACUUUCCUAAUAUCAGGCACUAUCGCACAGAGGAGGAGUUCUUUGCUGAUCCUGAUACGCAACUCAUUGUUGUCGCAACACACACGGACACUCAUGCUUCGUUUGCCGAGAAAGCCCUGCGAGCUGGGAAACAUGCAAUCGCGGAUAAGCCAUUUGCGAGAUCAUCCGAGGAGGCAGACCGUGUUAUCGAGCUUGCAGAGAGUAAGGGCCUGAUUCUUUCCUGUUUCCAAAACCGGAGAUGGGAUGGCGAUUUCCAGACGUUGAGAAAACUCAUCAAAGAGGAUGCGUUGGGCGACAUCAAAGAGGCUGAAAUUCACUAUGACUUCGAGUCGCCUCCUUGGCUCUCUGGAAUGACGAAGAAAGAGUACACCCCCGGCGACGGCAUGGCUUUUGGUCUCGGAACCCACAGUAUAGACCAGGCCGUCACGCUGUUUGGUCAGCCCAAGUCCGUAACUGGCUUCUUUAGAGCUCAAAGAGGCAUCGAAAGCGAGGUCGAGGACUCUUUCACAAUUAUCCUGCAGUAUGACGGGUCUCAAAAAGACCUUCUUGUCACUGUGAAGACUUCAGUCACCACGCCCAUGUCGCAACAGUUGAAGCACUUCAUCCGAGGCACCAAGGGAUCUUGGCUUAAGUUUCAACAAAGAAGCACAUGCCCUCAAGAAGAGCAAAUUGCAGAGGGCCGCAAGCCGUUGGAACCUGGCUUCGGCGAAGAGCCAGCGGAGGUGUACGGCACUUUGACCACGUACAAGGAGUUCAACAAGGACCAGAAGUUUGACGAGGCGACGAAUAAGUUUGUCGGACGAGUCCCGACAAUCGCAGGGCGGUGGCUGGGCAUUUAUGAGAACCUCGCAGAUGCUAUCAACGGUAAAGCCGAGUUGGAGGUUAAGGCGAAGCAGUCUCGAGAUGCGAUCAGAAUUAUCGAACUUGCAAGAGAGUCUCACAAGUCUGGAGCGACUGUUGCUUGGAAGUAGGGCUCUUCCCCUGCGGCUCUAUAUAGGGUGUACCAUAUCAUCUUCUGUACGACACUCGGGUAGCUGUGGUAAGUUGGGAUGGAGAACACUUCCUCGUACUAUUAUGGUAUUGGUUUCUCAAAGAAAAGACAAUGCUGCAGUGCCACCUAAGUAUGACAACGUAUUUCCUUUGUUGGAAUUGAGAUUGCCAG